GAGCGGGAGCUGUCGCCAGAGGAGCUGGAUGAGCUGCUGGACGCCUUCAAGGAGUUUGACACGGACCAGGACGGGUACAUCAGCUACAAGGACCUGGGCGCCUGCAUGCGCACCCUGGGCUACAUGCCCACCGAGAUGGAACUCAUCGAGAUCUCCCAGCACAUCAAGAUGAGGAUGGGUGGCCGCGUGGACUUUGAGGACUUUGUGCAGAUGAUGGGGCCGAAGCUGCGGGAGGAGACGGCCCACAUGGUGGGCGUGAGGGAGCUCAAGAUUGCCUUCCGCGAG